AUGCAGAUGCUCUUCUUAAUAUGCUGGUCUUGGAGCUGCCGCACCCGCCACCCGCUGCUCAUGGAGGCCAAGCACGCCGAGGUCGGCGAGGCUACCGUGUCUGCUCUGGUGCAGGCGAACUUCUUCGUUGCGGCCUGCCUUCGGGUGGAGAGGUUCGAGGCCAUGGAUCUCAGCUCUCAGGACUUGUUGUGGCUCCUAGCAAAGAUCGGCCUCUCCUGCUCCAUCUUGGGCUACGGAUUCGCGACACGUGACAAGCGGGACAGCCGCGUGCUGGGGUUGCCUGGCAGACUGGGCUGGGAGCUUCCCAUGCUCCUCCUCCUUGUUCUACGAACCCUGGAAGUUUGCACCAUGGUGGCAGCCAUCAACUUCUUCCACUUCUCCCUACGGUGGGAGCACCUGAAGCUGGGAGGGCCAAGCUUGUACGUGGCUCUCGCCGGCCUCGCGAAGCUGGCCUUGCCGGAGGCAGGCGCAGCGGAGGUGGGGGGGGGGGGGGGGGGGGNNGGGCUUCUGUGCCAUCUGUUGCAACCCCUCCCCCCAAAACUGAUGGAAGCUUCUUUUGGGUAG